UUAGUGACGCUACAUACCACCACCACCAAUAACCAUGGUUGCAUCUCUCACUUCCCACCGGUCCAUCUUCCUCAUCUUGUGGAUCGUAAUCCUGUGCGGUCACGCUCAUGCGCGCUUCUUCUCCCGUGAUCCGCUCUCUGAUGGCGUCUCCGCCAACACCGGGGAAGGCCUCCUCCGCCUCCCGUCGGCGAUCACGGCCGAGUCCUCCUGCGAGCAGACCUACGGCUUCCUACCGUGCACCACCACCGUCAUCGGUAACUUGUUCCUAAUUAUCGUCUAUGGCUUCCUCAUGUUCAAGGCCGCCACGUUCCUAUCUGGCGGAAGCGAGCUCCUGCUCGAGAUCUUGGGCCCCGGCAUUGUUGGCGGCCUUUUCCUCCCCAUCCUCGGUGCACUUCCCGAUGCCAUGCUCAUCCUCGUGUCUGGGCUUUCAGGUAGUAAAGAAACUGCUCAAAGUCAGGUAUCUGUUGGAAUGGGACUGCUAGCUGGUUCUACCGUGCUGCUUCUUACUAUAAUAUGGGGGACCUGUGUUAUUGUUGGCAAGUGUGACAUCGAGAAUUCAAUUGCUAUUGAUUCACGAGACACUAGAGGAUUUAGUUUAACUGGUUCUGGUGUUAGUACUGAUAUUUGGACUAGUUAUGCAGCACGGAUUAUGGUUAUAUCUGUCCUUCCAUUUCUGAUCGUUCAAUUACCACAAAUUCUUAAUUCGACAUCCGGAAGACACUUGGCUGUUUUGAUAGCCCUCAUUGUGUCACUCUGUUUAUUGGCUUCUUAUUGUCUUUACCAGAUUUUCCAGCCCUGGAUACAAAGAAGGAAACUGGAAUAUAUUAAACACAAACAUGUUAUACUAGGAUUUUUGAGAAAUUUGAAUGCGUUGGAAAGGCUGCUGAACGAUAAUGGAGAACCUGAUGAAGAAGUCAUUAAAAAAUUGUUUGCAACCAUUGAUGAAAAUCAAGAUGGCAGUCUUACUCAUAAUGAAUUGAGAGCACUGGUUAUUGGAAUUCAGUUUGAAGAGAUUGACCUUGAUCAUGAUGAUGCUGUAAAAAGGAUCAUGAAUGAUUUUGAUACUUCUGGCAACGAACUAGUUGAUCGAGAUGAAUUUGUUAAUGGUGUCAGUAGAUGGCUUCGAAGGGCCUUGCGUACUCGAGUUGCAUCUGGUGAUGCUGGUCAACACACAAUGAAGUUUUUAAGUGAUUUUCACACAGAAACAAAAAGAGAACAUGAUUUGCUGAACGUGGGAGAUCAGAGUACUGAAGAGGCAGAGGGCACUGAAAAUGCUAAAUGGACAUCCAUCAAAGCAGUUCUGCUUCUGCUACUGGGCACUAUUAUUGCUGCUGCAUUUGCUGAUCCUCUGGUUGAUGCAGUGGAUAACUUUUCUGAGGCUACAAGUAUUCCUGCUUUCUUCAUUUCCUUCAUUGCUCUCCCUUUAGCAACCAAUUCAAGUGAAGCAGUGUCGGCAAUAAUUUUUGCUAGUCGUGAUAAAAGGCAAACUGCUUCAUUAACUUUUUCUGAGCUAUAUGGUGCAGUGACAAUGAAUAAUGUGCUUUGCCUAUCAGUGUUCUUGGCCUUGGUUUACGUGAGGGGAUUGACGUGGGACUUCUCUUCGGAAGUGUUAGUUAUUUUGGUGGUUUGCAUUGUGGUGGGUGUCUUUGCCAGCUUCCGCACCGUCUUCCCUCUAUGGACAUCCAUAGCGGCUAUCCUUCUUUACCCCUUCUCCCUGGCAUUAGUGUAUGUUCUUGAUUAUGUAUUUGGUUGGUCGUAGACCAAAUACUGUUUCAUAUGUUAGUGCCUUUUGGGUGUGUAUGAUUUUUAUAGUUCUCCGUCUAUGACUACGUUCUUGGUGACUUCCAUUCAUGGUGUGGAUUUGACAUCGAAUUUGUGGCUACAAUUUUGACUAAUCAGUCCAAUUAGACAAAAUAUAGCACGAAUAAAAAUUAUAGAUCGAAAUCACCGUA